CAAACCCAAACGGAGAAGGAAGUGUGGCGGCCUGGCGGGACGCCAGGGGAGAAGUUUUCUGCGACAAAUGAGUCCACCAUCAUCGCUCCCUCUCAAAUUCGCCUUCCUCAUCUCCCUCUCUCUCGCCGGCGUCGCCUCAUUCGCCACCACCACCGCCACUCCGUCCGGACGUCGAAAGCCCAGAACCGUAUCAUAUCACUCUCUCUCCACAGCAGCCAAGCCCAAAGCCACAGUCUCGGAUUUGCUAUCCCUUCUGGGCCCACCUCAGCAGGCCAAGUCCGUCAACUCGCAGGUGGCCCGAGACCUCAUGCCGUGCUUCAGAUUCCUCGUCCCCUUUGACCAAAACCCAACUGCUCGCCGGAGCCAAAGAGUAGUUGAUGAGCUGAUUUUGUCGCCGCCCGAGCCUGUACUGGAGCUGGCUCGGCUCGCCCUUGACUCGGGCGCUGACCCUGGUGCUAUUCACCGAGCUCUUGAUCCGAUAAUUAUCCCCGUACCUGAUGUUGAAGGAUCAAAUGAGGAUCGAUGUGAACUUACACGAACUCCUUACGGGAGGCAAUUUAUCGAUAAGGGACUGAAUUCUUACCUAGAAUUCCUAUUUGAAACUAUUGUUCAGCGUGGUCCCAGUGUUGGACUCGAUGUGUCUCUGAGUCGCUAUGACUUUUUCCAUGGCCAUCUUUUUCUUGCCAAGGAUUCUGGAAGACUCGGCAUUUUGUUUCAUGCUAAAGAGUACCCUGCCUAUGACAAAGAAAAUUUUCCAUGCAAUAUGGGCUACUGUCAAGUAGGAUCUAAUGUUGCUUAUGACAGUUCAAUGAAUUUAAGGAAUAUUCUCUGGCUUGCUCCAUUGCCAAGUAAUUCCACGAAAGCAUGGCUGACUCCAGGGGUACUAGUUGUCUUGGAUGCGUCUCCUGAAGGAAUAAUUUACCAAGAUCUCAUACCUGAAUACGUUAAUUUUGCAAGGACACUAUAUGAAGAGGAUUUUGGGGAAGUUGUAGUUGAUGUCAACUACCUCAAUGUGGGAGCUGCAGUGCCUAAUUUCCAAAUUUUUAUCUGCUGAGAUAUCUUCAAGUGUCCAUGUUAUCCUCGCAGGACUAUCCAUUCUACAUUUGCAGUUAAAAUCUGUGAUCACGUUUAGAGAUCACCUAGAACUUGCAGAAGACUCGGAUGGCAAUCAUACGAAAUUUGGUGUCCAUAUAAGGAAAUAAAUUGUACCAUUCUUUUAUUCCAUGACUCCUUUUAAGUCUUGGAGUACGUAAUAAUAUUUAUACCCUGUUAUGUGUGAUAAGAUAUCUUGCUCUUGUACUUAAGACGAGAGAUAUCUGGAAUUUAAUUUGAAGAGAAAUUUCUGAUAUGUUGAAAAUGUGAUUUUUUAGGAUAUAUUGGAACACUCGACUUCAGAAAAAUAGGAUUUUGUAGGAUAUAUUGCAACACUUUGACUUCAGAAGAAAAAAGUUGGUAUAUCUUGAAUGGCAGAAGCGAUCUUUUCCCUUUAGUGCUUCACGCAUACAUGUAACUUCUGUUUUUCAAAAGCUUAUACACAUUUGACAUUUGCAAUUUGGUUAUAUUUUCACUUUCAGUAAACUGUUCUUAGGCAUGCC